AUGUCCGCGGACAGAUCGUCCACUGAAUCCUUGCAGCAGACGGCCGAACCACCUGACGCCAUCCCAGCGGGUAGCGGACCGGCGCCUCGGGGCAAGCCUCGACAGCCCGCGUCCUCAUCCAAGUCCGCGCCGAUGACUGCCACUGCCUCGUCUUCCUCAGAGGCCGGGGCUGGCUCCGACCCAGCCCAAUCCUCCACCUCGUCUGCGCCGUACGGCACUCGCUCUCGAGGUCGCAAUGGCGCCCCGAGACCCAACUACGCCGAGGACCGGGAUCUCGACUUGGAUUUCGAGACGACCAGUCCCGCCCCAUCGUCCAAGGCCGCCAGCAGCUCCUCCAAGCGAGGUGCGGCCCAGCAGACCGGCGCUGCCAGUGCCAACGGCUCUCCAGCCACCGAGAGUGACAAGGACGCCAUUCCGGGGACAUCCACCUUUUCUGCCAACCUGAAUGCCAGCAACGGCUCAGCCGCCGGCUCGAAGAAGCGCAAACAGCCAUCCAGCGGAAGCGGUUCGGUGGCUGCGAAUGGCAGUGGCUCCUCUAAGAAGUCCUCCACGACGGCUUCGCGCGUCGAGGGCGGACGCGACCCCAGAUAUUCCAACAUGAUGACCUUUGAGAACACGGGAGCCCGGCUGAAUAAAAACGGUCAAUUGAAAGCGGACGAUGGCACUAUCCUUUCAGUAAAUGAUCACGUUUAUCUGAUCUGUGAACCCCCGGGUGAACCAUACUACCUAGGCCGAAUUAUGGAAUUUCUUCCAUCAAAGGAAAAUCCCUCAGGUCCUAUAGAGAUGGUCAGAGUCAACUGGUAUUAUCGACCAAAGGAUAUUCAGCGGAGGGUCCCGGAUCCGAGGUUGGUGUUCGCGUCAAUGCAUUCCGACCCCUGUCCGCUCUCGUCUCUUCGCGGCAAAUGUUCCAUCCUACAUAUCUCGGAGAUCGAAAAUCUGGAUGAGUACCGGAAACAAAAAGAUACCUUCUGGUACGAGAAGAUGUUUGAUCGGUACAUGCACCGUUAUUACGAAGUGGUCCCCACCAAAGAUGUCAUCAAUGUCCCCGCCCACGUCAAGAAAGUCCUGGAUGAGCGCUGGAAGUUUGUCCUCUGCGAGCCCGCGAGGAAGAAGGAGCUGACAGGCGCCGUCAAAACUUGUAAACGAUGUGGGCUAUACGCCGCUAGUGCGGAAUCGGUGGAUUGUGCUGUGUGUCACAGUACCUAUCACAUGUCCUGUGUGCGGCCCGUCUUGACGAAGAAGCCGGCGCGCGGUUUCGCCUGGGCCUGCGCUGCUUGCAGUCGCGCUCAGGAACGUAGAUUGGAAGCGCGAAACACGCCGAUCAUUGGCGACGCACCGCCAGAGGUCGACGAAGAGCUGCCAGAAGAGGAGGAAGACGAUCCGGUUCCCCCGCCCAGCGCAACCGGGCGGAGCAGUCCUGCCGUCGCAGACGGAAAGGACAUAACCCCCCAACCGGCCACCGCAGCACAAAUCCAGCAGGCAAGCAUGUGGCCAUAUCGGUAUUUCGGAAUCCAUUGUCAGAUGGAGGAUGCAUUAGAUUAUGAUGACCGGAUCUAUCCGCGGGCCAGUUCUCGGAUUGGAACCCGUCAUCAGGCCGUGGUGCCGCCAUGGUAUGGGCAUCCCGUGCGAUAUGUCAAACCUCUGGAUCUGAAGAAGAAAGGCGGCAAAGCAGGCAAGGGGGGGAGUUCGAAAAUGUCCAAGGAAGCUUUGGCCGCGAUCGAAGCGGAAAAGCAGGAGAGGCUGAAACGUCCCAAGUGGGUUCAGGACGAGCCUCCAGGAUAUGUGCGUCGGGGAGAGGAUGAGCCAGUCCCGAUGAAUGGGAAGCAGGUUCGCACCGCGGAGCUGCUUUUCAAGAUGCCCGAGGCACAUCAGAUUCCCUCCAAUCGCGGUGAAGAUGAUGCGCCUGGGUCGGACCUGAGUCCGGAGGACCGGGAGAAGUUCAUCGAUGAUUACAUGAGCCGAGCCCGGAAAAUUGCCCCCGAGAAGGGAAUUCCGGAGUACUCGACCAACUUUCUGGACAAGGCUCUGGAGUAUCUCUACUCGGAAAGCUUUAAUGUGGAGGCGGCGCUGGCGCGGCUCCGGCGCAUCGACAUCUACAAGGACCUCCAAGAGCCCAAACUGACUCCGGAACAGAUCAAACUGUUUGAAGAAGGUGUCGCCAAAUACGGAUCCGAGCUCCCUCAAGUCCGAAAACAUGUCGGCGAUAUUGAGCACCGCCACAUCGUCCGCUACUAUUAUAUGUGGAAGAAGACCCCGAGAGGGCGUGAGAUCUGGGGUAACUAUGAAGGGCGACGGGGCAAGAAGGAGUCCAGACGGGCAGAUUCGUCGGCGAAGUUGGUCGACGAUAUCGCGGACGACUAUGACGACUCGGCUUUCGAUAAUGAGAAGGCGGCAGCGAAGAAACGCCAGUUUCAAUGCAAGUUCUGCCAGACGCGCUCCUCCCCCCAGUGGCGACGGGCUCCCAAUUCCAGCCCCGGGGCCACGGUGUCCAGCGAGUCAUCGUCCAAAAAAGGGGACAAAGGUCAACAGCUCACGGUGGCACUGUGUCACCGGUGCGCGGUGCUCUGGCGAAAGUACGCCAUCGAGUGGAAGGACGCUGACGAUCUGGCGAAGAAGCUUGCUACCGGUGGUAACAAGGCGUGGCGUCGAAAGAUGGAUGAGGAGAUGCUGGCCCAGAUUCUGGUCUCGGACGAAACGCCGCUGAACAUCAGCAGUGCUACGGCAGCGACGGCGGCAUCACUCGGGGUGAAUGUGACUCCUGCUUCCACCACCGAUACGCCGCAAGAGCCAGCCAAAAAGAAGGCCCGAACGACCGCCGAGAAGGACAGCACGGCAACGUCGGCUCGCACCUCGGCGGAGCCGGCACCAACGAAGAAGAAGGCGGCCGAGAAGCCCGCUGAACCACCCCCGAUCGUUCCUGAUCCUCCGCGUGCUAAAACGCUGCCAUGCGCCAUCUGCAACAAGAUGGAGCCCAUGGGGGAUCAGCAUCUCUCGUGCCGAGAUUGCCGGCUGACUGUCCAUCGAAACUGCUACGGCGUCAGCCAGUCCCGGAAUUGUACCAAGUGGCUCUGUGACAUGUGCGCCAACGACCGGAACCCGAUGAUCUCGACCUGCUACGAAUGCGUUCUGUGUCCCGUCACUUGGACGGAGCAUGAGUUGAUGGAGCCACCCAAGUCGACCCACAAGAAGAAAACGGAUCGCGACCGGGAAAAGGAACGGAUGGAGAAAGAGAUGGUCCAGGAGGCCAUCAAACUGUAUCGACAGCGACAGGAAGCCGUGGGGAAGCCCAUCGGUCCCCGAGAGCCGCUGAAGCGGACAGCUGGCAACAAUUGGGUCCAUGUGACGUGUGCGAUCUGGAACCCAGAAAUCAAAUUCGGCAAUGCUCGAGAGUUGGAGCCUGCGGAGGGCUUUGGCUUGAUCCCCGCGGAGCGGUACCGGGAGGUCUGCAAGAUAUGCAAGACGAACAAAGGGGCCUGCGUGACCUGCCACUAUCCGGGCUGCAAUGCCAAGUUCCAUGUCGGCUGCGCUUUUCAAGCAGAAUACACCUUUGGCUUCGACAUCGCGCCUGUCAAGAGUUCUCGAAGGGAUACGGUUCCCACCAUCAAACUGGGAGAGGAGACGGGGUCGGCCACGGCGGCCAUCUGGUGCCCGUCUCACACGGUGCAGACGAUCGUACACGAAAUGAGCGAGCCCACGGAUGAGGAAGGGCUCCCUGCGUUGCAGCUCUUUGCACGGACUUACAAGCAGGCCGAUCUGAGCUUGACGGGAACCGUCCGGAGAGCGGCAUAUAUACAACAGUCCAUGGGGGCUUCGACGCAAAGCAACGCGGCUGGUUCCGCGCAUCGGCGAGCGUCUGCUGCGAAUGGCGUGGCGACGUCACAUUCGAAAGACGAGCACAAGAAUUCACAAGCUUCUUCUUCUGAAACUGCUGGCGAUGAGAACGUCACUGCCUCCGAAGGGCCCACGGACGUUUCGCGCCCUGCUGUCAGUGCACCGACGGGCAAGACAUGCGUCCGUUGCUUGACCACGGUCAGUCCGAGAUGGUGGCCCGUCGAGAAUGCGUCCCGGCCGUCGAUUGGAACUGGAACUACUAAUGGGACGACUCACUUGACCAACGGCGUCGGGCCAAAUGAGCCGUUCCAUGCUCGUAAUCGGUCGCAGAGUUCCGCUAACGGAGACCAUACUGCCGUUGAUAGCGGUGCUGAUGCCGGCCACAGCCAGUCUUCAUCAGCUCCAGCGUUGGUUGAAUGUCACAAAUGCCACAUCAAGAAGCCGGCCCUCCAAACAUCGCCGGAACAUCCCUCCCCGUACUCGGUUCAACGGGCCCCUAUCCUUCCAGCUCCCCGGCCCACGGAGUAUGGUCCUCCAUACGGACCGCAUGGCCAUCCUGGCCAGCCGGGAGUUCUUCCUCGGCCUAUGGCGCCCGGUCAUCAUCCACCUGGCGGAUAUCCUGGCUAUGAUCAGCGGCCUGGUGAAUAUGGAGAUCCCAAUUAUCGUCAUGGGAUCGGACCGGGAGGGUCGCAAGCCAACGGUUUCCCCCCACCGCCACCUCCUCCUGCUGCGUAUCCCGGAGGCCCUCCACAGCAUUUGAAUGGCUUUCCGGCGACAGCAGCACCACCGCCACCGCCGCCUCCUCCUCAUGCUCCUCAUGGUCCUCCUCAUGGACCUCCUUUUCCUCCACCACCGCCAGCACAGCAAUCACACUAUCCUAGUGGUGCUCCGCCGCCACCGCCGCCGCCGCCGCCGCCAUCGUCGCACUCGUAUCCUGGACAUCAAAAUCCGUACGGACCAGUGACGAUGCCUUCGCCUCAUUCUUCACACGCUCCGCCGGCUCGUCCAUACACAACGUCAAUGUCACCGCCCGACGUUCAUGCCAACAUCGUGCGGCACUCUCCUCAGCAUUCGCUCACCACGGCUCCUCCGCCGCCACCGUCGUCACGAGUCUAUUCGAUGGACCGCGUUCUGAGCGCGCCGAGUCAGUCUCCUUCCAUCUCUCGCGGCAGUGCUGAUCCGCCGGUACCGAGCACGCCAGGCCGGUCGGACGAGCCAGCGAGGCCACCCAGUAGCGGGCGAUACAGCGGGCCGAAUGGAACCAGCACAGCGUCUGGGGCAGGGCCAGGGACAGGGUCCGGAUCCGGAACUGUAACUGGAACUGGAUCCGGAACUGGAUCUGGGUCUGGAUCUGGGUCUGGGUCUGGGGCCAGCGCAAGCCCGUCGUUGAAAAACCUGCUCUCUUAG